AUGCCUUUCUUCCGUAUUCGUUGCGCUACUUUUGACUCAAAUGAUGAUAUCCGCAUUUGCCAUUCACCGAGCAUGGACGAUGUUGAUCGUUUUCCCAGAAUCUGGUUGAACUUCGAAGUCUGGCUGAGCACGCCGGCGUCUCCAAGGUUGCAUUGGAAUAUCCAGGGCGACCAGGGCGGCGACCAGGGCUAG